AUGAAUAAGCUUCCGCCGGAAAUUCUUCCUCUGAUUUUUGCGGAAAUUUGGGAUUUGUAUCCUGAAAGUCUGCGAGGCUUGAAUACAGUCAAUAGAGUGUUCUACGAUACGGCUGCACGCUUUCUGUAUAAAACCCUCACUAUUCGAUUUUGCAGCAAUCAGGAAUAUGAGCAAGCUGUUACGAAUGUGUUGACUCGCCCAACCAAUACCAACUGGUACAAGCACACCCGGCGGCUUGACAUUAUCUGUGGGCAAUCAGGGUUGCAGCUGAGCUCCAAGUACGAAAUGGCGAUGGGCAAAAUUCCCUUUCCAGAAGAUGAUCCCCAUUUCGGCCCGGUGACGGAAAGUCUGACGGAGUGUGAUGGCUUCGCUUCUCCGAAGUGGGAACUACUAGUUUCACUGCUUGGAAACAUACAGCAUCUAGUGGAGCUCAACUAUGCGAUCGCGAAUGUGUUUCCACAAGUCUUACUGACAGCUCUGCAUCAACACCACCCAGCUUGCAAGCUCAACAUCCACGCAUUCUGCCUCACAAAUCUCAUGUCGCCGCUGUGGGAUGCCUGCGAGAUGGAUCUUAUACAGUCCCCGUGUCUCCAUGGAAUUCGUUUUAGCCCCUGGACCGAGAGCAAGGACAUCGGACCGGAGACUUAUACCGAAACAAUCUACAGGAUUAUGUCUAUCGCUCCUAAUCUCAAGCAUUUCUAUGUUGACAUUGAUCAGUCGCACUAUCCUCUUUCCAAAGCGAUUCCCGAAGGCAAGGGGCUUGAUUCAUCGGUCAUGACUUUCAAGCUGGGCAAACUAAAGUCACUAUCAUUACGAUUCGGGCAGGAAAAAAAGAAGAUACUUGACGAAGCGAGUCAACAUACGGACUUUUCCGAAUUAGAGUCACUCGAUCUGGAUUCCAUUAUUAGUGAUGAUAUCCCAAGAGCAAUUGCCUCGACAUAUUCUUUUCGUAACCUGCAGAACCUAUCUGUUACCAUUGGUAACUCAUUGAGCGAAGGAGUAGCGGAGCUGAUGUUUGAAUCUGUCAAUCCAUUGACUUAUCUGAAGCUCAGAAGUUGUCUGGACACCAGCACCAUUGAGAAGAUCCUCAUGCGUCACGGUCCAACAUUGCAAGGUCUGGUGCUUCUUCCCGGACCGCAUAAUCGCUUAUCAACUGGGACACCAAAAGGAGGUUGCUCUAUGCAGGUGUUGCGAUACGCUAAACUCUGUCCUCGUCUAAGGAACCUGCUCAUUGAAACCCAACGCUCAGCCGGAAGUGAAGAUGAAAUACGGCUUUAUGAAGCGUACGGUCAAUUUCCUUCCCUGGAAUUCCUCGCCCUGGAUAUGGAGUGUGCUAUUCCCUACAAGCAAUUAAAUGAUCGGGAAAGAAUCAGGAUGCCUGCGGUCGCUGAAACAGCAUUCAGCCUAACACUGGAUCCGGCCCUAUGCCUCGCAAUAUGGGAUAGAAUUUCAUCAACCCAGAAAUCCGGUCGGCUACGAAAGUUAGAGCUUUAUCCCCAAACACGCCGCAGCCUACCAUCUAUACGCACCGAUCCCCAGCUGCUCAUCAUUGCGUCCAGUCUGAAACGAUCAUACCUUGUGCGACGAAGGAUUUUUGACAAACAAGAGCUCCCUAUUAUUAUCGAAAUCGACGCGGCAAGUCAUUUGCCGUUGAACUUCCCGAACAAGCCUCUCAGGCGUCCUCUGUGGUUCGAAGCAUUGCCUCAGGUUGACUUUGCAUUUGGGACCGUUGCAGAGCGUAUAUACCCAUUCUAUUCAAAUUGGCGGUCCGAAUGGUUGAUGCGCCCACUGCAAAGGCUUGCUGUUGAUCUUUUGACCAAGCGGUGCAAGAGGACCCGCGAAGCUGGGGAUAGUGAGGGUGAGACGAAGCGAUCUCGCACAAUUGCACAGUGA